AUGACGUUAAAGAAAUUAUCUCACUACAAUAUGAAAGGCAAUUCCGAAUUAGAAAAUGAAACCCCCAAUAAAAUCUGCUCAAUAAAACAUUGGACGCGUGUAAUACAAAAUUGGAUCAGUAUGGCUGGUGAGGAAAAUUAUCCUGAAGAUCCUUUAGAUUUUAUAGCUGUAGAUCGUACCAUUCAUCCUGCUGAUGAUUCACUUGACAAAUGGAAUCUUAUAGAUAUUUUUAAUAAUAAGUUGGAAUCACCUUAUUUUAUUAAAUAUGAUAAAGUUAAAGUUACCAGUAAUACAAUUAUUCCUUAUAAUGUUACAAAUGGUUUUCUUCAAGGUGUUAAUUUUCAUUUAAAAAUGUGUACUGGCACUUCUAGAAAGAUUAAUGAAGUUAAUGAAAAACCAGUCGUUUAUGACCUUCCCUGUAACACUGAAAAAAUAUAUAAAAAAACUGACGAAUAUGCACCACCUGUGCAAAGAAGUUUUAAUUUUAAUAUUAUUACUACACCUAACAUUAAUACUUCUACGCAAAAAGAUUUAAAUCUUCCUUUAAAUACUUUAGAACCUUAUAAUAACACCAGUGAUAUUCCUGAUAAUAUUUUAUAUUUACAAUUUAGUUCCAUUCAAUUAAUCAUUGAAGAUGAUUAUGGUUUUGAUUAUUUAAAUUUUACACACGGUUCAGAAUAUUUAGACUAUUUUUUAUUUAAUUUAGGACAAGCUUCAAUAAUAUCUUUUAAUCCAACGAUUAAAGAUCAUUUUGUGUCGUUAAUGCCACAAAUACAACAAAUACCGAUGAAUUUAAAACCUGAACCUAAUGAAUUUCGAUUUACAUUUAUAUUCCCGCCCCAUGUUCUCAUAUUUGAAGAAGAUGAAGAAUUGGCGUACAAUUUUACCGAUCUCAUAGCUGAUAUUGGAGGUUUCUAUAGUGCAAUAUCAGGAAUCUUUUAUUUAUUAUUCGGAAUGCAAAAACAUGAUCCAUGGGGUUUGGUACAAAAGUAUCUGCUUUCUUAUAUUCCUUUUAGACAAAGUUUUACAAGAAAAUUCGCAGAAAUAUAUGUUACAGAUUUCGGCCUUCCAUUUGUUGAAAAAAUUGAACUUAAAGAAAGUCAGUCAUCUUCACAAUCGGCUGACCUGACCCCACCAGUGGAGAAUAAUCCGUCUUCAGCAUCUCCUACAACUUCUGGUGGGUCGUUAUCAGAUGGAAGUCAAGAAGUUCAGCCACUUUUAAAAGAUGGAAUUCAAAUUAUAGAGAAGUUAGAAUUUUUAAAAAAUAGAGUUCAAAUGCUAGAAUUCUUAUUAAAGGAUUAUUAUUUAGAUGAUUAUUUAUUAAAAAAAGUCAGAUUUACCAAACGUAAAUAUGAUGAAAGGAAAAAUGAAUUAUCAAGGGUUUAA